AUGGCGGAGGCGGACGCCUUCCGCGCCAGCGGCGGACCUCUCUGGGACGUGGAGGCCUUUGUCUGCUGCGUGGAGGAGGCCUGCCGAAGCUCCGGCCCGGUGCCCUCGGAGCAGGACCUGGGCCGCCUCCCCGGGCUGCGCGACGCGUGCGCGGCCCGCGGCGCCGUGGGCGAGGAGCUGCAGCGGCUGCGCAGCCUCGCGUACCGCCUCUGGCGCGCCUGCGCCGCCCCCGGCUGCGAGGCGCUGGCCGGCCUGGCCGAGGCCCGCCUGCGCCAGUUCGCCUGCGAGCUGCACGCCGCCUGCCGCCCCUCUGCCAGCGGCAGCGCCGAGAUGGCCGGCCUCGCCGCCGCCGCACAGCUGCCGUUCCUGGCGCCCGCGGAGGGGGGCAGGGACGAAGAGGCCACCCUGGCGGCGCAGUGGGCGCUGGCCGGGCGGGCCUGGGCUGCAGCCGGCAGGGCCGACAGCGCGAUCCGCUGCUUCGAGGCCGCAGCGCAGGCGUGGGAGGCAGCGGCGCCCGACGCCGCGGCGCUGGGCUCGCCAGGGGUGACGAAGCUCGCAGAGGCGGCCAUGCAGGCGCACGUGUGGGCCAGCGCCGUGCACUUUGGAACGCAGUCGCACAGCCUGUCUAUGGCCGCGCUGGCGAGGGCGAAGGACGCGCUCUCGUUCUGCUCGCCGGGGGAAGGCGUCCUGGAGGACUUCCUCCGCACGUGCUGCCAGCAGGCAUCGGAGGUGCAGUCUGCGGGCAGGCCUCAGCAGGCGAUCGAGCUCCUGACCCUGGCGCUUGCCACCGUCCCCGCCGAGGAGGCAGAGGACGGCAGCCGCAGGCAGGGCAGCGCUGCCGCGGCCAUGCGGGCCAGGCUGCUGCGGCACCUGGCGCUGUGCUACGGGCGGCUGCCCGAGCGCGGGCGGGCGCUCGAGCACGCCAGGGCGGCCGUGCAGGAGGAGGACUGA